ACCAUUUUAAUCAAAUCCAUACCAAUCAAGAAAGUGUCAACAAACAAGAAAGUAUUGCAAUGGCCUUCACAGUGUUAGCUCCCCUCUCUAUUAUCCUUCUGCUUCCUUACCUUACAAGUUCUCUCUCUUCCUGUGGAGAGUCAUGUAACACUCUCAACGAUUGCAGUGGUAAUCUCAUCUGCAUCAAUGGAAAGUGCAAUGACGACCCUGAUCUUGGCACCCACACAUGUUCCAACCCCAGUCCAUCCCCCGGCAGCGGUGGCAAAUGCAAACCGGCCGGCACCCUCCACUGUCGGAGCAAGACCUAUACCACAUAUAAAUGCUCUCCUAAGGUCACUUCUUCCACACCUGCCAAACUUACAAACAACGAUUUUAGUGAGGGUGGUGAUGGUGGAGAUCCUUCAAAAUGUGAUGAGAAAUUCCAUUCCAACUCCGAACGUGUGGUUGCUCUCUCCACAGGUUGGUAUGCAGGUGGUAGUCGUUGUGGUAAGAUGGUUCGGAUAACUGCAAAGAAUGGAAAGACUACAACUGCAAAGGUUGUAGAUGAGUGUGACUCAAUGCACGGUUGUGACAAAGAGCAUGCUGGCCUACCUCCAUGUCAUAACAAUAUAGUUGAUGCUUCUGAUGCUGUGUGGAAAGCUUUGGGGCUUAACAAAGACUUAGGUGUGGUAGAUGUUACAUGGACCAUGGCCCAAGUUUCCUCUGUCUAG